AUGCCACCAAUUCGCAAUAAAAAUUCAAAAAAUUCAGCUGAACAAGAGGGACGAAUCUUGUUAGCUAUUUCCGAUGUAAAAAAUGGAAAAUUACGUUCUGCACGACAAGCAGCAGAGAUCUAUAAUGUCUCGCGGUCAACUCUUCAAAACAGACUAAAUGGCAUGGCAUAUCGAGCUGAAACACGUGCCAAUAGCCAUAAAUUGUCAAAAUCUGAAGAGGAAUCGCUUGUCAAAUGGGUUGGAGAGAAAUGGGUAUAUAAUCUUAUUCGACGUCGCCCAGAGAUCGAAUCAAAAAUUUCCCGGAAAUAUAACUACGAGCGUGCUAAAUGCGAAGAUCCAAAGAUAAUCCAAGAAUAUUUUGAUCGCGUACGAGAGGUUGUAUCAGAACAUGGAAUUUUACAAGAAGAUAUCUACAAUUUUGAUGAGACCGGCUUUGCUAUGGGUCUUUGUGCAACUGCAAAGCCUGGUAAUCGAGAAUGGGUAACUGCAAUUGAGGCAGUUAAUUCGAUUGGGUGGGCAUUGCCUUCGUACAUUAUUUUCAAGGCAAAGAAAUAUACUCGAUUAGGCUGGUUUGAGGAUCUUCCAGACGACUGGAAAAUCAAUAUUAGCGAUAAUGGGUGGACAACAGAUAAGAUUGGAUUAGAAUGGCUUAAAACUCAUUUUAUUCCUCUUACCGAUGGCCGUACAUUGGGGAAAUAUCGGAUGUUGAUUCUUGAUGGUCAUGGAAGCCAUUUAACUCCUGAAUUUGACCGUACAUGCACUGAGAAUAAUAUUAUUCCAGUCUGUAUGCCUCCUUAUUCUUCACAUCUUUUACAGCCUCUUGAUGUUGGCUGUUUUGCUGUUUUAAAGCGACAUUAUGGACAGCUUGUUGAGCAGCGAAUGAGGCUUGGAUUCAAUCACAUUGACAAAAUCGACUUCCUCACUGCAUUCCCGAAGGCUCGUACAAUGGCAUAUAAAGCUCAAACUGUUCGGAAUAGCUUUAUAGCAACUGGAUUAGUACCAUUCAAUCCAGAUCGAGUUUAUCAACAGCUUACUGUUCGAUUGAAGACUCCAACGCCCCCUCCAAGUCGAUCAAGUGAUACACAAUCAUCCUGCUUGCAAACCCCUCAAAAUCUACGUCAAUUUAAGCGCCAAAUGACUACAACGAAGAAGAGAAUAAGCCGGCAUACAAGAAGUUCAUCUGAGGCUAUUGGUGAAGUGUUUACACGGGCAUCAAAGGCUUAUGAGAUGAGUAUUAAUAAGCUUACAAUUGCACAGAAGGAACUCCAUGAUCUACGGGCUGCACAUGAGAAGGAGAAGCAAAAACGUCGAAGAUCUAAGCAGCAAAUAUCUCAUGAGCAGGGAAUUACCAGAGAGGAAGCUCAAGCACUCGUUCAAGGUCAGAUUGAAGUAUCUCAAGCCGUUACUACUGCUCCGGCCGAGCCUGAGCUCCCAGUCUCUCAUCCACCUGUACGACGUCAAUUUCGCUGCAGUGAUUGUGGUGUUGCAGGACAUAAAAUAACUGGACGUCCUAAUCGUAUUAGUACUUAA